CAUCGAUAAACACAAUUGCGCCCAGUUAAUCACAAUGGCUACCCUAUCCGACCGCCGACACCAACACCGACAGCUUCAUUUUAUCCUGAUUCCCCUCAUGUGCCCCGGCCAUCUUAUACCAAUGGUAGACAUAGGCAGGCUCCUAGCACAACAUGGUGCCACAGUCACUUUAAUCACAACACGUCUGAACGCCGUUCGAUUUGAAAAGAUCAUCGAUCGUGACAAUCAAUCUGGUCUGCCUAUUUGGCUUCUUAAACUCAGAUUUCCUUGCGCUGAGGCUGGCUUGCCAGAGGGAUGCGAGAAUGUAGAUUCUCUCCCCUCUCCAAACUUGGCCAAGAAUUUCUUUGAUGCAGCCAGGAUGUUGCAGCAGCCAAUAGAGGAGUUCUUGGAAGAGACAAACCCGGGCCCAAGUUGCAUUAUUUCCGAUAGAUAUCUGCCUUGGACGAUUUACAUUUCUCAUAAGUUUGGAAUCCCUCGGCUAGCUUUUGACGGGACAAGUUGCUUUGCUUUUAUCUGUUCACAUAAUAUUCAGUCGUCCAGGAUUCAUGAGAAGGUCUCUGAUUCAGAGUUCUUUGUGGUGCCUGGUUUGCCGGAUAGGAUUGAAAUAACCAAGGCUCAGCUACCAGCUGUUAUCAAUCAAGCCUCAACGACCUUAAAAGAUAGGUCAGAAGAAAUGAAAGCGGCAGAUGAGGCAUCAUAUGGGUUGGUAUUUAAUUCUUUUCAAGAGUUGGAAGAAAGAUAUGUGGAAGACUGUCAAAAGGUAAAAGGAGGCAAAAUUUGGUGCGUUGGGCCGGUAUCACUAUGCAACAAAGAAAACAUAGAUAAGGGGCAAAGAGGCAAUAAGACUUCAAUUGAUGAAACUCAAUGCUUGAAAUGGCUCAAUUCAUGGCCAUCAGAGUCUGUAGUAUAUGCCUGUCUUGGAACCCUUAGUCGCAUAUCAUCUCUGCAGCUAAUGGAACUGGGUUUAGGGUUGGAAGCAUCGAAGCGGCCGUUUAUAUGGGUUAUAAGAGAAGGUGCUCAUUCAAAUGAGCUCGAGAAAUUGUUGUAUGAAGAAGGAUUUGAGAGAAGAACCAAAAAUGUAGGACUAAUCAUAAGAGGGUGGGCACCGCAAGUAUUGAUUCUGUCACAUCCGGCCAUUGGGGGAUUUUUAACACACUGUGGGUGGAAUUCUAUACUAGAAGGAGUUUCAGCUGGCUUGCCAAUGAUAACAUGGCCUAUUUUGGCGGAACAGUUUCUCAAUGAGCAGUUUCUUCUGCAAGUACUAAGAAUUGGUGAGAAGGUAGGGGCUAGCAUUAACAUAAAUAUGGGAGAGGAAGAAAAGUUUGGAGUGAUGGUGAAGAGAGAGGAGAUAAGGAAAGCAAUAGAGAUGGUAAUGGAUAAAGAUGAAGGCAAAGAGAAGAGAAAGAAAGCAAGAGAACUUGGGAGGACGGCAAAGAAGGCAGUUGAAGAAGGAGGAUCUUCCCACUGGAAUAUCAAGUUACUAAUUGAAGAUAUUCUGAAGGAAUCCAGGAGAAGGCUUGGCAUGUGAGCAUGGGAGUGUGGUAACAAUAAAACAAUCCACCUAAUUUUUUUGUAUCAAAUUGGAUAUUAAGAUCAUGUGUUAUUAUAAAAUUAGAUUAUUUUAAAUUAAGGAUGAUAUAACAUCUAAUUAUAUAAUGAUAUAUCGUCUUAUUACUCAAUUUGAUACUUAAAAUAAGGAAUAUAUAACAUUGCUUGUAUGAUAAAUAAGAGGAACAAAUAAAGAUUUAUUUUUUUGUUUCUUCUAGCA